AUGCCCAAGCGCAAGAGGCAAUCAGAGAAUGUCAACGGCGAUGUAGACGUUCUCCAAAACACGCCUCCAGUUCCUCAGCGGCGAGCGAGCAGCCGCAAGGCUGUCCAACCCGAGCCUGCCCAAAUUGAUCCUAAUCCUGACACCAACCCUGCUAUCGAAGAUGGGAAGAGUGCUCUGCGUGCAUCUCCUGACGCAGAAGGACGGUCGAAGCAGGCAAAGGCAAAGCGGUCGAAGAAGUCUGCCGAAUCCACGGGCGCUGCAGUGAAGGCUGAGACGGCCCCAGAGACGCCUCUGAAAGCAGUACCGGCUUCACGAGAAUACGUCGAUCCCGAAGCCGACGACGAGGAGGAUGCAGAUCCACAAGAGGUGCAAGAAGCCCUUUCCAGACCACCGCCCGUCAACAGCUCUUACCUACCGCUACCUUGGAAGGGCAGGCUUGGCUAUGCUUGUCUCUGUACCUACCUGCGGGCUGCGACCCCUCCCGUCUUCUCGUCGAGAACCUGCCGCAUAGCCUCGAUCCUCGAGCACCGACAUCCGUUGAAAGAUCCGUCACAGCCCGAGCAUGCCACGAAGAACCGACCCGACAAAGAUCAGCCGGCAGAUGUUGCGCGUGGCCAAGCAUACGUCGAGGCUUUGGGCAUUGCCAAUGCUCGCGAUAUUGCCAAAAUGCUUCGAUGGAAUGAUCGAUAUGGUAUCAAGUUCUUCCGCCUUUCGUCAGAGAUGUUCCCGUUCGCGUCCCACGACAUAUAUGGCUACAAGCUGGCGCCCUUCGCAUCAGAGGCCCUCGCUGAAGCUGGCAAAGUCGCCGCUGAGUUGGGCCAUCGCCUGACGACGCACCCCGGACAGUUCACGCAGCUCGGGUCCCCACGCAAGGAGGUCAUCACCGCGUCCAUUCGAGACCUCGAGUACCACUGCGAGCUACUUGACCUGUUAAAGCUGCCGCCCCAACAAGAUCGCGAUGCCGUUAUGAUCCUCCACAUGGGCGGCAUCUUCGGGGACAAAGCCGCCACAAUAGAGCGCUUCCGAGAGAACUACAAGCUUUUGUCAGACUCGAUCAAGAAGCGGCUAGUACUCGAGAACGACGACGUGUGCUACACCGUGCACGACCUUCUUCCCAUCUGCGAAGAGCUCAACAUCCCCAUGGUCCUUGAUUAUCACCACCACAACAUUCUCUUUGACGCCGACAAGAUUCGCGAGGGCACACUAGACAUCAUGAAUCUCUACGACCGUAUUAAGGCAACGUGGACUCGCAAAGGCAUCACACAGAAAAUGCACUACUCUGAACAAACGCCUCCCGCUAUCACGGGUCGCCAACGACGAAAACACAACCCUCGCGUUGCUACCUUGCCACCAUGCGCUCCCGACAUGGACCUCAUGAUCGAAGCCAAAGACAAAGAGCAGGCCGUCUUCGAGCUCAUGCGCACCUUCAAGCUGCCUGGCUACGACACCUUCAACGACAUCCUCCCAUACGUCCGCAACGACGAGAACAAGCCCUGGAAGCCACCUAAGAAGAAGACACCCAAGAAAAAGAAGGCCGAUCCUGAGGAGGACGAGGAGGAAGAGCCAGAGCCACAGCCCCCUCCCAUCAUUCCAGACGAAGAAGUCUCCAUGGGUGGGCCCCAAGGCCGUGUGUACUGGCCGCCAGGGAUGGAGGAGUGGCUCAGACCAAAGAAGCGUGAGGUCAAGCCCCGUGAUCCCGAGAAGCAGAAAUCCACUGCCCAGAAAGCAGCGGAGCGAAGGGCCGAGAAAGCUGCGUGGCAGGCUGCGAGGGAGGCGAGUGCGGAGCUGACGGUGGACCUGGCUCGACAUCAAGCAGCGAAGAGUGUCUACAACAAGGCCAACAAGAAAUCGAAGCCCGCCAGGGCGGGGCCCAAGAAGGUGAAGAAGGUCAAGCCUGCACCGACUCCAGACACCACGAGUCUCGACGGAGAAGACAUGGUCACUGACGAUGACGAUGUGGAUAUGCCUGAUCUUACCGAUGGUGAGGAGGAUGUGCAGGUGCCUGCUAAGUUGAUCAAGGCUAAGAGCGCGCCGGCGCUGGCUCGUAGGCAGAGUGGUCGCGCUAAGAAGGCCAGCCUUAACUACGCUGACUCGGAGGACUAG